UUCGUGUGCGCCGCCAAGCAGCAGAACAAACUGUUCUGUCCCACCGGCGUUUUAUUCGGCAACAAGAAGGUCGAGCGGAGACAAGCGGCAUUAUUGGACUGAAAAAACUACAACAACAACAACAGAAAUAAAUCGCUACUAAUAAAUGUUGGCUGACUCGCGAUGUCAGGCAGUUAGUCAUGUUCCCGCUCUUUGUCGCGUCCAUUCGGACUCUUACGAAAGCCUGCUAGCUAGCUAGCGUCACUGGUUACGUUGACAGCGAGCUAACGAUAUUAUUUUUUAAAAAAAAUAUAUAUUUUUUUUACCAUUUUGGCGGAGGUUUUUCUUUCCGCUGCUGCUUCCAUGGCGAGCGCCCGGAGGUUGCCCAUGGGUGUGCGGACCUUCAGCGACUAUCUCCAGCUGGCUGUCGGCGGCUCUCCUCGCUCGUGCCGGCCGGCGGUGACCCGGAUGUGCAGCCCACUAAAUAUCAGACAUUUGUCCUCCUGCGGCAUCCUGAUGACCAGGUCUCCCAGAGCGCUGUGCCUCCACGACUGGGACGCGACCAUGGCGAGUCUUCCUCCAAGCCGCAACUUCAUCAGCCUCACCAACAAGAGGAAGGAGUACUCGGAGCGCAGGAUACUCGGCUUCUCCAUGCAGGAGAUGUACGAGGUGGUGGCCAAGGUGGACGACUACAAACAUUUUGUCCCCUGGUGCAAGAAGUCUGUGACGGUGGCGAAGCGGGCGGGUCACUGCAAGGCCCAGCUGGAGGUGGGCUUCCCCCCGGUGGUGGAACGCUACACCUCCAUGAUCACCUGCGUCAGACCUCACCUGGUCAAGGCGGUGUGCACAGACGGCAGGUUGUUCAACCACCUGGAGACCAUCUGGCGCUUCAGUCCCGGCAUCCCCGGCUACCCUCGCACCUGCACCGUCGACUUCUCCAUCUCCUUCGAGUUCCGCUCGCUGCUGCACUCGCAGCUGGCCACCAUGUUCUUCGACGAGGUGGUCAAGCAGAACGUGGCCGCCUUCGAGCGCCGCGCCUGCAAGCUCUACGGCCCGGAGACCCGAAUCCCGCGGGAGCUCAUGUUCCACGAGGUGCACCAGACGUGAUGUCAUCCAGGCCUUCAAGUCCCGCCCCCUCCUCAAGCAAGUCCACGCCCGGGCCCCGCCCCCUGCGGUCUACCUCCACUCACGUGCAAGAAGAGAAAUAAACCACAAGGUGACGAAGAACAAAAACACGCUUUUAUUUUUAUUUUCCAAAGCCAUCAGACUUUUAUUGUGAAGGGGAGGACGCGUCCUCCUCCAAUUUGAGUUGAAAUGUUUUAUUUUUCUUCUAAAUAGAAGCUUUGAGGCAUUGAAUUCCUUUAAAUGUAUUUUUCAUUUUAUGUGCCAACUCCAGCUUGUCUGCUUUUAAGGAGCUUAAAAAGCUUUUAAGGGACAAAAACGCUUUUUUUCCUGUUUGUGUGCGUGCGUUUUUUUUUUCCUGGUCCCGACACUUUUAUCUGGAUUUUUAAAAAGUUGCACGAAAACAAAAACGACGCUAUUGUUUGCACAUGUGGAGGACAAGAAAUGGUCGACAGUCUGUCAAAGGUCGGUGGACGGCCGUUAAAAAAAAAUCGUAUUUAUAUUUUUAACGCAGCGUUGCACUAAAGUCCGGAGCCCAUUUGACUUUUUAGUUAUGGAUACAGGCCCAAAAUAUUUUAUCUGAAAAAAGCCCCAAAUUUUCCCUAAAUUUAUAUUUAUAAAGCCCGACUGACUGCAUUUUUGGGAUAUUUUUUCAUCCUCAAAACUAUUUUUUGAGUUUUUUCCUACAACAAAAACUAAUUAUAUUUUCUUCCUCUGGAAUUAUUUUUUAUAUUUUUUUUAAAUACGUUUUUGGUUAAUUGAGUAAUAAAAAUACAUUUGUAUAGAAGUACAAAAAAACACCACAAAAACUUAAUUUAUCGUGAUUUUGUUAAUUAAAAAAAGGUGGCUUUUUUUUGGGAAAAUUAAAGGAACAUUUUUUUUUGUUUUUUUUCUUUUAUUUGGUAUGUUAAGCAUUUAUUUGAGCACAUUAUGCAGGGAAGGAAGUAGAAUUUGUGACUGAUUUGUUAAAAAUAAAAAAAUGGCUAAUUGAGUAAGAAAACAAACAAAAAUAUAUAGAAGUAACCCAAAAAAACACAAAAAAAUUUAUUUUUAAAAAAUUGAAUGUUUCCAAAAUAAGAUAAAAAAAAGGAUGUGCCACAAAAUAAAAGCAUUGUUACUUACUAUUGUUUUUUUUUUUUUUUAAUUUGGUAUGUUAAGCAUUUAUUUGAACACAUUAUGCACGGAAGGAAGUAGAAUUUGUGACUGAUUUGUUAAAAAUAAAAAAAUUGGUUUAUUGAGUAAGAAAACAAACAAAAAUGUAUGGAAGUAACAAAAAAAAACACAAAAAUUAUUUUUUUAAAAUUUAAUGUUUCCAAAAUAAAAAAAAAAAAGGAUGUGCCACAAAAUAAAAGCAUUGUUACAUACUAUGUUUGGUUUUUUUUUUUUCUUUUAUUUGGUAUGUUAAGCAUUUAUUUGAGCACAUUAUGCAGGGAAGGAAGUAGAAUUUGUGACUGAUUUGUUAAAAAUAAAAAAAAUGGCUAAAUGAGUAAGAAAACAAACAAAAAUAUAUAGAAGUAACCAAAAAACACACACAAUUUUUUAUUUUUAAAAAAUUGAAUGUUUCCAAAAUAAAAGAGAAAAAAGGAUGUGCCACAAAAUAAAAACAUUGUUACACACUAUUGUUUUUUUUUAUUUUUAAUUUGGUAUGUUAAGCAUUUAUUUGAACACAUUAUGCAGGGAAGGAAGUAGAAUUUGUGACUGAUUUGUUAAAAAUAAAAAAUUGGGUAAUUGAGUAAGAAAACAAACAAAAAUGUAUAAAAGUAACAAAAAAAAACGCAAACAUUUUUAUUUUUUAAAAAUUGAAUGUUUCCAAAAUAAAAUUAAAAAAGGAUGUGCCACAAAAUAAAAGCAUUGUUACAUACUAUGUUUGUUUUUUUUUUUUUUCUUUUAUUUGGCAUGUUAAGCAUUUAUUUGAACACAUUAUGCAGGGAAGGAAGUAGAAUUUGUGAAUGAUUGUGAAAAAUAAAAAAUUGGUUAAUUGAAUAAGAAAACGAACAAAAACGUAUAGAAGUAACCAAAAAAACACAAAAAUUGUUUUUAUUUUUAAAAAAUUGAAUGUUUUCCAAAAUAAAAUAAAAAGAUGUGCCACAAAAUAAAAGCAUUGUUACAUACUGUUUCUUUUAUUUGGUAUGUUAAGCAUUUAUUUGAACACAUUAUGCAGUGAAGGAAGUAGAAUUUGUGACUGUUAAAAAUAAAAAAUUGGUUAAUUGAAUAAGAAAACGAACAAAAAUGUAUAGAAUUGCCCCCCACCCCCAAAUUUUUUUUAAUUUAUUUUAAUAAAUGUUUUCCAAAAGAAAAAAAAAAAAAAAGGAUGUGCCACAAAAUAAAAGCAUUGCUACAUACGGUUAUUUUUGUUUUUUUUCUUUUAUUUGGUAUGUUAAGCAUUUAUUUGAAAACAUUAUGCAGUGAAGGAAGUAGAAUUUGUGACUGAUUGUUAGAAAUAAAAAAAAUGGUUAAUUGAAUAAGAAAACGAUCAAAAAUGUAUAGAAUUACUCCCCCAAAAAAUUGUUUUUUAUUUUUUUUAAUUAAAUGUUUUCCAAAAGAAAAGAAAAAAAAGGAUGUGCCACAAAAUAAAAGCAUUGCUAGAUACUAUGUUAUUUUUUGUUUUUUUUCUUUUAUUUGGUAUGUUAAGCAUUUAUUUGAGCACAUUAUGCAGGGAAGGAAGUAGAAUUUGUGACUGUUAAAAAUAAAAAAUUGGUUAAUUGAAUAAGAAAACGAACAAAAAUGUAUAGAAUUGCCCCCUCCCCAAAUUUUUUUAAAUUUUUUAAAAUUAAAUGUUUUCCAAAAGAAAAAAAAAAAAAGAUGUGCCACAAAAUAAAAGCAUUGCUACAUACUGUUAUUUUUGUUUUUUUUCUUUUAUUUGGUAUGUUAAGCAUUUAUUUGAACACAUUAUGCAGUGAAGGAAGUAGAAUUUGUGACUGUUAAAAAUAAAAAAUUGGUUAAUUGAAUAAGAAAACGAACAAAAAUGUAUAGAAUUACCCCCCCCCCAAAAAAUUGUUUAUUUUUUUUAAUUAAAUGUUUUCCAAAAGAAAAAAAAAAAAAAAGGAUGUGCCACAAAAUAAAAGCAUUGCUACAUACUAUGUUAUUUUUGUUUUUUUUCUUUUAUUUGGUAUGUUAAGCAUUUAUUUGAGCACAUUAUGCAAGGAAGGAAGUACAAUUUGUGAUUGAUUGUUAAAAAAAAAGGCUAUUAGAAUAAGAAAACGAACAAAAAUGUAUAGAAGUAACAAAAAAAUAUAUACAAAAUUAAUUGAUCGUGUUUUUCUUAUUUUAAAAAAAUUGCUUUCCAAAAUAAAAGGAAAAACAUUUAUUUGGUAUGUUAAGCAUUUAUUUGAGCACAUUACACAGGGAAGGAAAUAUAAUUUGUGAAUUAUUCUUUUUUUAAAAACAAAAUAAUACAAGAAAAGGAAUACAAAUGUCUAAAAGUACCAAAAAAACACGAACAAAUUAAUUGAUCGUGUUUUCCUUAUUUUUAAACAUUUGAAAGUUUUCCAAAAUGAAAGAAAAAAAAAGAUGUGCCAGAAAAUAAAAGCAUUGUUACAUACUAUGUUUAUUUUUUUCUUUUAUUUGGUAUGUUAAGCAUUAUUUAUUUGAACACAUUAUGCGGGGAAGGAAGUAGAAUUUGGGACUAUUGAUUGUAAAAAAAAAAAAAAAACUACGCUGGGAGGUUAAGUUUUUUUUUUUUUUUUUUUUGGAGGAUUUGAGGCACCUGGAAAAGUUGUGGAAUGAAUCACGUGACAAGUGGGUCAAAGGUGAAGCCAUCACCCGUGUAUGUAUGACAUAUAAAUAUAUAUUGUUUACCUAGCUAGAUGCCCCAAACAGCUGUCAUGUAUCAGACGUGUAUAUUGUACAUUAUUCUGUCUUUACGUCUUGUACAAUAAACACUGAAACAACAAAAAAGUUGCCUCAUAAUUCCCACACAAGUUGAAGUGUAACUGCUCAAAAUCAACAAAUGAAAGAAAAAGUCACGCAUA